AUGUUCAUCGAACUCCAUACGUUUCUUGUCUUUUUGUAUUCCUUCUAUACUGUCGGUGCGCUCAACUCGGACGGUAUGGCACUCUUGUCAUUCAUGUCGCACUGGACGUCGGUUCCUGCUCGCAUCAACUCCUCCUGGACUCCAUCGCAUUUGACACCAUGUUCAUGGAUUGGUGUCCAAUGCAACUCCUACCACCGUGCCAUCUCUCUCAACCUAUCCCAUUAUCAUAUUUAUGGUCAACUAGGACCCGAACUGGCCAAUUGCACAGAACUCGCCCACAUAGACCUUGGUCAUAACAGCUUUAAUGGCCAAAUACCCUACUCUUUCACCAACCUCUACAACCUAAAAUAUCUAUGCCUUUCUUCGAAUCUUCUCACAGGUCCAUUUCCUCAUUUCUUGUCUCAAAUCCCUCACCUCCACCUUCUUGAUCUCUCUUACAACCAACUUAAUGGUUCCAUCCCAGCUAGUAUUGCCAACAUGACUCAACUUCGCAACUUGUAUCUCCAAAACAACCAUUUCUCUGCUGCAAUUCCAUCGUCCGUUGGGAACUGCACUCAAUUACAAGACUUGUUUUUGAAUCAUAAUCAGUUGCAGGGUGUCAUUCCUCACACGAUAAAUCAUCUCAAGCAUCUUCUACAUUUUAGAGUUGCCUCCAAUAACCUAACAGGUAUUAUUCCAUUGGGUUCUUCCUCUUGUCCAAAUUUACUGACUUUGGAUCUCUCACUCAAUUCUUUCCAUGAAGGCAUUCCCUCCGGAAUUGGGAAUUGUACUGCUUUAAUACAAUUUGUUGCUAUUAGUUCUAACUUGGUCGGAACUAUUCCAUUCUCCAUGGGUCUGCUCACUAAGCUUUCCCUUCUACAGCUUUCAAACAACCAUUUGUCCGGAAAAAUACCUCCCGAAUUAGGUAACUGUAAGUCUUUGAAUGUGCUGCAUUUGAAUUCCAAUCAACUUGAUGGAAACAUUCCAAAUGAAUUGGGAAAACUGAGUCAGCUGCAGGACCUUGAACUGUUUUCCAAUCAAUUGAGUGGUGAAAUUCCACUUGACAUAUGGAAAAUUCAAUGUCUUGAGCAUCUACUUUUGUAUAAUAACAGCCUUUCUGGGGAACUUCCUGUGGAGAUGACAGAGCUCAAGAACCUCAAAAACAUCUCACUGUUUGACAACAUGUUUUCUGGAGUCAUACCUCAAAGUUUGGGAAUUAACAGCAGUUUGGUACAGUUGGACUUCAUAAACAAUAGCUUCACAGGCAACCUCCCACCCAAUCUUUGUUUUGGCAAAAAGUUAAAGCUUCUGAAUAUGGGCAUCAAUCAACUUCAAGGCAGAAUACCUCCUGAUGUUGGAAGGUGCACAGCUCUAAAAAGGGUCAUUCUUAAAGAAAACAGUUUUAUCGGGCCUCUUCCUGAGUUUGAAAGAAAUACCAAUCUGUUAUACAUGGAUAUCAGCAGCAACAAAAUCAACGGAUCAAUUCCAUCAAGCUUGGGAAACCACACAAAUCUUACAGUUUUAAUUAUGUCCUGGAACAAAUUUAGUGGUUAUAUACCACCAGAGUUAGGAAACAUUGUGAAUCUCCAGAUGCUGAAUCUUAGUCACAAUAACUUAGAAGGUCCUUUGCCAUUUCAGCUGGCAAACUGUACCAAAAUGCACAAGUUUGAUCUGGGAUUUAAUUUCCUGAAUGGAUCAUUACCAUCAAGUUUGCAGAGGUGGACAAAGCUAAACACACUUUUUUUGAGUGAGAAUCGUUUCAGUGGCGGCAUUCCAGCUUUCUUGUCGGCAUUUAAAGAACUUUAUGAACUGCAGCUUGGCGGCAAUAUGUUUGGAGGGAGAAUUCCUGGAUCAGUCAGGGCAUUACAGAAUUUGAGGUAUGGGUUGAAUCUAAGUUCCAAUGGACUGAUAGGAGACAUACCUGUGGAAAUUGGAAACCUGAAAGCUCUGCAAAUGCUGGAUCUAUCUCAGAACAAUUUGACAGGAAGCAUAGAAGUUCUUGAUGAACUCCCUUCAUUAUUCGAAAUCAAUAUUUCGAACAAUUAUUUUUGGGGUCCCAUACCGAAGACGCUAAUGAAGCGGCUUAAUUAUCACUGGUCGUCAUUUUUGGGGAAUCCUGGCCUAUGUAUCAGUUGCUCACCAUCCAGUGGCUUGGUUUGCAAUGGAACCAGCUAUGUAAAACCAUGUGACAAUAACAAAACUACGGGCCUCAGUAAAAUUGCAGUUGUGAUGAUAGCUCUCGGAUCCUCAAUAUUUGUUGUUUUGCUGUUGAUGGGAUUAGUUUAUAUCUUUGCUUAUGGCAAAAUAUCUAAGCAGCAAGUCCAUAUCACUGAUAAUGAAAAUGGAGGUCCUUCGUCCCUUCUUAACCAAAUCAUGGAGGCUACAUCGGACCUCAGUGAUCGGUAUGUUAUUGGCAGAGGAGCCCAUGGAGUUGUCUAUAAAGCCCUUGUAAGUCAAGACAGAGCUUAUGCUGUAAAGAAGCUAGCAUUUGCUGCCAGCAAUGGUAAUAAGUUGAGCAUGAUCAGAGAAAUUCAAACCCUUGGACAUGUUAGGCAUCGAAAUCUUGUUAAAUUGGAAAACUUUUGGUUUAGACAAGAUUAUGGUCUAAUUCUGUAUAGCUACAUGUCAAACGGAAGCCUUUAUGAUGUAUUGCAUGAAAAGAAACCAGCACCGUCUCUAGAGUGGAAUGUCCGGUAUAAGAUAGCUAUUGGAAUUGCUCAUGGGCUGGCUUACCUCCAUUAUGACUGUGAUCCUCCCAUACUGCACCGAGAUAUCAAACCAAACAACAUACUUCUAGACUCUGAUAUGGAGCCUCACAUUGCAGACUUCGGUAUUGCCAAACUUUUGGAACAGACUUCAUCAAAUCCUUCCUCAUCCGUGCUUGGAACAAUUGGUUAUAUUGCACCAGAGAAAGCUUAUACAACAGUAAGUAGCAGGGAGUGUGAUGUGUACAGUUAUGGAGUUGUUUUGCUUGAGCUAAUAACCAGAAAGAAGGUAGUAGAUUCAUCAUUUAUGGAGGAGGGUAUUGAUUUAGUUGGUUGGGUUAGACGGUUGUGGAGUGAAAAAGAAGAAAUUAAUCAAAUUGUUGAUUCAAGCCUUGCAAAUGAGUGUGAAGAUACCAACAUAAUGGAAAAUGUUACCGAAGUGCUUAUGGUGGCUUUGAGAUGUGCUGAGAAGGAUCCACACAAGAGGCCCAAAAUGACAGAUGUUACUAAGCAAUUAUCAGAUUCUAAUCCACAGAAAAUAAGUAAGAAGGGCUAG